CCUGUGGCUCUGCAGAUGCAUACUAUUGCCUAUGUUCGCCAGGUGGCAGCACUGAGACGACAGCGCGUCUCCGCCUCAAAGAAAUACUCAGACGAAGAAGAAAUCAUCACAAGAUAUGCGAAACUUUACCUGGGCUGUCACUUUGAUUUGAUCGUUACACUAAAAGGGAUGGGACUCUUGGCAGGGAGAAGCAUUUUAUGUACACUUUUCUUCUUUAUCCUGCUGUCGGAGGGAUAUUUUCGAUGGGUUGAGGCCCAACACUGUGUGUGGUACGGUGAGUGUGGAGAAUCCGAAAAGGUGCCUGGAAAAAAGUACAACUGCAAUUACACUGGUCCCCCUAAACCAUUAGAUUCUGAAGAUUACCAGCUCCUCACGGAGCUUUGUCCUGGAUACGGCUAUGGGAACCGAAGUCUCUGCUGUGACGGUGCCCAGUUGCGCACCCUCAAAGGGAGUCUCCAGCUGCCCCUUCAGUUCUUGUCUCGGUGUCCGGCCUGUUUCUUCAACCUGAUGAACCUCUUCUGUGAGCUGACAUGCAGUCCCCACCAGAGUCAGUUUGUCAAUGCCACCAAGUUCAAUGCCACCGCGCUCAAUACCACCAAUGUAGUGGAAGUGCAGUAUUAUAUUGGUCAAACAUUUACUAACGCCAUGUACAAUGCCUGUAAGGAUGUCCAGGCACCAUCUAGCAAUGUAAAGGCCUUAUCGCUGCUCUGUGGGAAGGAUGCAAAGGCCUGCAAUGCUACUAACUGGAUCCAGUACAUGUUCAGUAUCGACAAUGGACAGACUCCCUUUCCUAUCAUCCCAAUAUUCUCUGAUGCUCCGGUGUCAGGGUACACUCCCAUGAACAACAAAACAUAUGACUGCACUGAGGGCUUAGAGGAUGGUUCAGGUCCCUGCUCCUGUCAGGACUGCACAAAGGCCUGUGGCCCCACACCUGUACCUCCUGCUCUCCCCCCGCCCUGGACUAUCCUUGGUAUUGAUGCCAUGACUGUCAUCAUGUGGAUCUCUUACACAGCCUUCCUGCUUAUCUUUAUUGGAGUUGUACUCGGAGCUUGGUGUUACAGGAAAAGGACAAUCAUGUCUGAGUAUGGGCCCAUUCUGGACAGCAAUAACCCACUGUCUCUUAACAAUGAUAAUCCUGACCAAGUCAAUGCAUCAUGCUGUGAAACGCUGGGUGAACGCUUUGAGAAUGCCCUGCGGAUCGUCUUCAGCUCCUGGGGUUCCUUCUGUGUGCAACAUCCGUUUCUGGUCAUACUGAGCAGCCUGAUGGUGAUCGGGGCUUCCUCUGGGGGCCUGGCCUAUAUGCGCAUCACCACUGACCCUGUUGAGUUGUGGUCAUCUCCCACUAGCCAGGCACGUGAAGAGAAGAACUACUUUGAUAGCCACUUCGGACCUUUCUUUAGAACUGCACAACUCAUUAUAACCACUCCACUCAAUGACACCUUCCUGUACUCCCCGUACUUUGGAGGAUCAGAUGUCCCAUUCGGAGCCAUUCUGGACAAAAACAUCCUGCACCAGGUGCUCGAUCUGCAACUUGAAAUCGAAGGCCUUGUAGCCACAUACGAGGGCCAAAACGUCACUCUGAAGGACCUCUGCUUGGCUCCGCUGGCCCCUUACAAUGACAACUGUACCAUCUUGAGUGUCCUAAACUACUUCCAGAACAGCCACGCUGUGUUGGAUCAUAUGAAAGGAGACGAGUUUUAUGUUUAUGCUGACUUUCACAGCCACUUCCUCUACUGUGUCAGUGCACCAGCAUCCCUUAAUGACACCACUCUCCUGCAUGAUCCCUGUUUGGGCACCUUCGGUGGUCCCGUCUUCCCUUGGUUGGCACUUGGAGGUUAUGAUGACUCAAACUUCAACAACGCCACUGCUCUAGUGAUCACGUUUCCACUAAACAACUACCUGAAUGAUACCGUCAGACAAGGCAAAACUCUGGCAUGGGAAAAAGAAUUCAUCAAGUUUAUGAAGAAUUUCAACAACCCCAACCUGACCAUAGCCUUCUCUGCAGAGAGGAGCAUUGAAGAUGAAAUCGACAGAGAGAGCAACAGCGACAUCCGCACUAUAGUCAUCAGCUAUGUCAUUAUGUUCGUCUACAUCUCUCUGGCCCUGGGUCACAUUCAGAGCUUCAGGAGACUGCUGGUGGACUCCAAGGUUUCUUUGGGUAUAGCAGGUAUCCUGAUUGUGCUGAGCUCUGUGUCGUCCUCACUGGGGAUCUUUAGCUAUGCUGGUAUCCCACUCACACUCAUUGUGAUUGAGGUCAUUCCCUUCCUUGUGCUGGCUGUCGGAGUGGACAACAUCUUUAUUAUAGUGCAGACAUACCAGAGGGAUGAGCGGAUGCCACAGGAAGAAAUUCAUCAGCAGAUUGGUCGCAUUCUUGGAGACGUAGCCCCUAGCAUGUUUCUCUCCUCCUUCUCUGAGACUGUGGCCUUCUUCCUGGGAGCCCUGUCCAACAUGCCUGCAGUGAGGACCUUCUCUAUGUUUGCUGGCCUGGCUGUUUUUAUUGAUUUCCUGUUGCAGAUCAGUUGCUUUGUCAGCUUGCUUGGCUUGGACGCCAGAAGACAGGAGGGGAAUCGACUUGACAUCAUCUGCUGUGUGAAACUGCCAGAAGGCCAGGAAACCAAGACAGAUGGCUUCCUCUUCCGUUUUUUCAAGAAAGUCUAUGCUCCAUUCAUCCUUAAAGAGUGGGUGCGACCGAUCGUAGUGGCAGUGUUUGUUGGAAUGCUCUCCUUUAGUAUUGCGGUGGUAAAUAAAGUAGAGAUCGGACUGGACCAGAAAUUAUCCAUGCCUGAUGACUCAUAUGUGCUGGACUACUUCAAGAACAUGAGCAAGUAUCUCCACACUGGAGCUCCAGUGUAUUUUGUGGUAGAGGAAGGUCUCAACUAUAGUAGUCCAGAGGGCCAGAAUGUUGUGUGUGGAGGAGUGGGCUGUAACAACGACUCCCUGGUCCAGCAGGUCUACACGGCUUCACUCAUAAGCAACUAUACAUCCAUUGCCUACACACCAUCCUCCUGGCUGGACGACUACUUUGACUGGGUGAAGCCUCAGUCCACCUGCUGUCGGUACUACAACACCACUGGGGCCUUCUGCAACGCCUCAGUGGUAAACCCAUCCUGUGUAUCCUGUCGGCCUAUGACUCCCAGUGGAAAGCAGAGACCUGAAGGAGAAGACUUCAUGCGGUUUCUACCCAUGUUCCUGUCAGACAAUCCCAACGUCAAGUGUGGGAAAGGAGGCCAUGCAGCUUACGCCACAGCAGUUGACCUGUAUCCUAACAACACAGGGGUCGGAGCCACUUACUUCAUGACUUACCACACCAUCCUGAAGGACUCCCCAGACUUUAUAGAUGCUUUGAAAAUGGCUCGAGUCCUGGCUAAGAAUAUCAGUCAGUCCAUCGACCAUAAAGUGUUUGCCUAUAGCGUCUUCUAUGUGUUUUACGAGCAGUACCUCACCAUUGCAUAUGACACAGCUCUGAACCUGAGCGUGUCGCUGGCAUCCAUAUUUGUGGUGACGACGGUGCUGCUGGGCUUCGAGCUGUGGUCAGCUGUGAUUGUCAGCAUUACCAUCGCCAUGAUCCUGGUCAACAUGUUUGGCGUUAUGUGGCUUUGGGACAUCAGCCUCAACGCAGUAUCCCUUGUGAACCUAGUUAUGAGCUGUGGUAUCUCAGUGGAGUUCUGCAGUCACAUUGUGCGAGCUUUUUCCAUCAGUGUGAAGAAGAACAGAGUGGAGCGGGCAGAGGAGGCACUGGCUCACAUGGGAAGCUCUGUAUUCAGUGGGAUCACAUUAACAAAAUUUGGAGGUAUCUUAAUCCUGGCGCUUUCCAAGUCACAGAUCUUCCAGGUCUUCUACUUCAGGAUGUACUUGGCCAUAGUGCUGCUGGGGGCGACACACGGCCUCAUCUUCCUACCUGUACUGCUCAGCUAUAUAGGUCCAUCUGUGAACAAAGCCAAGGUGUUUGCUGCUAACAGUCGCUACGCUGGUACAGAAAGGGAGCACCUUCUCAACUACUAGAGAGCUUUUUGGGGCAGUGAACAAUGAACUAACUGUUUGCCUGGGAGUGACUGCGUGGGUGAGAGAGCAAGCUGUUUCUGUCAUCACUGACACACUCAUCGUCAUUGCCACUACUAUGCAUGGAUUUAACUCAGGAAAAUACUUGGGAAUAGGAGUGUCAGAGGCAUUGUCCAACUGCCUGUAAAUGUAUGGCUUUUCCUCAGAAGACUUUGGACCCCACCAGUCCUCCUCUUCUCACUACAGGACAAGCAUACCUUCAGUAUUUGAAGCGUGAGCAACAUACCACAGAACAGACACUCUGACAGCGUGGCAGUGGGAGAAACAUCACUCUAAACCUCAGUUUACAGACAAACCUAUCAGUUACUAUCAGUCAGAAUGAGCUAUUUUGAUUUGGGAAAACUCAAAAGGGUAAAAUUGGUCAGUUUUUUUAUACAUAAAUAUCUAUAUACAUCAGAAAACUAAUCUUUAAUAGGAUUUUUUUUUUUUUUUUUUGGAAAAUGGUAACACAGAAGCGGGUGUUUUGUAUCACUAUUUGAUAUUAUGAAUCAUUUGCAGACUGGAACAGAGCACACACUAGAACCAAUAGAUAACAGUAACGGUAUCCCUGGCCUUUACAAUACCUGGCAUUAACAUGAAUCACAUCCUGGGCUGUGUCUCCAUGCUACCUUAUAACCCAGUCAGCUGAUUUUGCAUUUUUGUAGGGCUUGUCCUCCACAACUUGUGACUAAUUGGACAGUCAUACUUUGUCCCCAGUACACUGGAUAUGAAAUCAAACAAAGACAUUGAGGUUUAAGUGCAGUCUAAAUGGGUUUUUGGGUGUGUCCACUUCAAUGUUGGCAGGGCAGUGCAAGAACAGCAGCCUGCUCUACCUUUGAUUGACCAUAUAAAAUGAUUACGGUUUCUUUAUGGACAUGAAUAUAAACUCAUUAACCUCACAGUAGUUGUUAUAUUUGAAAAUCAGCAUACUGAGACACAAAGCCAAAAUGGUUAAUAUCCUUACAAUCUGCAUUCUACGUCUUGCUCACUUCUUAAAAAGCUGCUUCCAGCCUUUUCUGAAUUCUUUUAUGUCCACAGUGGAUGCUGUAUAUAAUAUUCAGUGCCACAUGUAAUUUUAGAGCUUGCUAAUUUAUCUUAAGUGUCCUUUCAAAGUGUUUGCAGGACUGGAUUGUAAAGCCGUUUUAAACUAGUCCAACAUAAGUUAAGAUACACGUUGAUGCCAGGUGUUGAAAAUGUCGCGAUGCUAAUAAUGGUCUUACAAUGGAGUGUAAAUGAGACUUUUUGCAGUUACUGAACAAAGCAUGUGUGGCAUAAAGAGGUGGAGUGACAAAGCUUUAUGUAAAACUGUAAGUAACUUUUACAGGAAUACAAAGGACUCGGUCGUCUAGAGUAUGUUGAUGCAGAACUCUGUGGAAUUGACUGCAUAACGGUACAGUCCUGAGUUUUUCAUUCCUUCACCUGUAAUUUAUUGUUGUUUUUUAUUUUAACUGUUAACAUUGUGUUACCAUGUAUUGAUAUUCGUGAACUCCCUCUAGUGUCCACUCAAGAGUCCCUUCAAAGAAUCACUUGGUUCUAAAACAACUUUUUUAUUAACUUACAUCACACAUGUAUCACCAUAUCUGAGAUUGUAUCUGUGGAUACAGUGAGUCGGUCCACCUUUUAUCGAGGUGGUUUGCUCCCACUAGUUUAAUUUUGGUUGGGUUUUUGGCAUCACCAGUAGAGGAUGUGAACAUUCCCCAAGGUGUAUUCUGCUGGGACCUUAAGAGACUCUUACCAUUCCUGAUUUGUAGUUUCCUGAUGCAUUUUUCCCCUCCGAUGCAGUACUAUUUUCUGGAAUGUAAGAACGCACUCUGUCAAGAAAGAAUUUAAACUUGGAUGUGGAAGAAACUUACGCACAACAGCUAUAACAUGAAUCAUGAUGAAUUGUGCUUGUUAACAGUGCUGUGCAUUGACGUGGAAAAAUCAUAUCUGACACAGAACAAUAUCAUUGUGGAGACUUAACAAAGCAUUCUGAUACUUUAGGUUUUAACAAUUUUAUUAAAUAUUAAAUAGUGCUUCAAAACAAAUGCAGA